CGUACAUGUGAAAACUUGAACAUCAACAUUUUGAUAGAUGUAGAUGAUAACGUAGUUGAUUUAAUCGUUGACACUUGAUUAUUCCUCCAAUUUUAAUUAUUUUAUAAAAUCCAAUCAAUUUUUAUAUUCCUAGUAUAAUUCUCCAUACUUUACUUCUUACCAUUCCCAAACCGCUCUCCUAGAUCAUGGAAUCGCUAGAAGAACUGAAGGAGAGGAUCCAAGCUUUGAGGUCUUUAUUCCAAGACAUGAAACCCGCAGAACUCGAAGAGACAGAAGAAGUUACGUCCAAGAUUUCAGCUACCAUGUCCGAUGAAGUCAAAGACAGUAAUCCGUACAGUCGUCUGAUGGCUUUGAAAAGAAUGGGAAUCGUGGACAAUUACGAAAAAAUCCGAGAAUUUUCCGUAGCUAUUGUAGGCGUUGGAGGUGUUGGUAGUGUAGCUGCUGAAAUGCUGACUCGAUGUGGGAUUGGAAAAUUGCUGCUUUUCGAUUACGAUACUGUUGAAUUGGCCAAUAUGAAUCGAAUGUUUUACAUGCCUCAACAAUCUGGAAUGUACAAAGUGAAUGCUGCGGCCAAAACUCUCAAUUACAUCAAUCCCACUGUCGUUGUGAAGCCCUAUAACAUGAACAUCACCACUUUAGAUAAUUUUGAAAUAUUUAAAAAUACACUCGAGACUGGUAGUUUGAAAGAUGGCAGGGUCGAUUUAGUACUAAGUUGUGUUGACAAUUACGAAGGCAGACUUACCAUUAACACCGCUUGCAACGAAUUAGGUUUACCAUGGUUCGAAUCAGGUGUAUCAGAAAAUGCUGUAUCCGGACAUAUUCAAUAUGUUAAUCCUGGAGAAACAGCUUGCUUCGCUUGUGCGCCGCCUUUGAUUGUUGCUUCGAGUAUCGAUGAGAAAACAUUGAAAAAAGAUGGUGUUUGUGCAGCCAGUCUUCCGACAACUAUGGCCAUCGUUGCAGGAUUUUUAGUUCAAAAUGUAUUGAAGAAGUUACUCGAAUUCGGUGAAGUUUCUCCAUACCUGGGGUACAACGCUUUGAACGAUUUCUUCCCAAAAAUGCCGUUACAACCUAAUCCAACUUGCUCGGAUAGUUUUUGCAUUAAAAAACAACAAGAGUAUCAAGAGAAAUUAGCUAAUAGACCAGUCGAAGAUGUGAAGAACGUCCCAUCUGAGCCAGAAAAAAUUAUUCACGAUGAUAAUAUUUACGGUAUCGAACUAGUGAGUCAAGACGGGUUCGAAAAGGACGACACAGCAUAUUGCGCUGGAGACGGUGUGAAAUUCUCAAUGCCAGCUCCUGAUAAUAAUAUGGAAGGUGUAACUGUUAAAGAAACUGAUCAAAGUUUGGAAGAAUUAAUGAGCCAAAUGAAAAGCAUGUAACAGAUCUUUCCUCCUUGUAAAUCGUGAAUUUUUGUAUGUUUUUAUAUAUUUUUAAGGUCACCGUAUGAUUUUAUCAAUUUAACAAAAAUUUAUUACGUUAAAAUCAAUUUGUUGAACGAAUUCAAAUCAAUCUAGCCCGGAAGUUUUGGGAUGUUUCAUUUAUGUGAUUGAAAAGCAUUUACCUUUUUGUUGAAAAUAAAAACCCGGUUCGCAUUUCCAA